AUGGGCAUGAAUGUCAUGAUUGAAGGCUCCUCCCACACUCUAUAUAAUGCAGUCUUCCUGGGUGCAGAGAGACUAAGUCCCUGCAGAACUCUCAUUUCUUCUCAGCUGUACUUAACCUACUACAUAUGCCAAGAUGAUGAAGCUUCAGCCAGUAAACAGCACUGUCCAGUGCAGUAUCACCAAAAAUCCCUGUCUUUAUCUGUACAGGAUAUGAUAAUAAAGAACAUGACCUUCAAGGUCGAACAAACCCUGGUUGUUUUUGGAGUCAUCAAAUCUGCUUUCUCUCAUUGCAGGUUUGUUGUGGAUAUUGGUGAGAGCGAGGACAGAAUUGCAUUUCAUUUCAACCCUCGUUUUGAUGACAGCAGACACAUAAAUAUAAUUGUCUGCAACUCUUUUGAGGGAGGCAAUUGGCAUCAGGAGCAAUAUGAGAAAAGCUUUCCUUUCAGCCCGGGAAAGGAAUUCAAGAUCUCCAUUCAGUUCACUUGCUCAGAGUUUGUGGUGACUUUAUCAAAUGGCUCAACAUUCUGUUUUCCCAACCGCAUGGGUGGAGAGAAAUACUCUGUCAUGGGCUUUCAUGGGGAUGCUGUCAUCAGAAGCAUUGAGAUCAAGUAAAACGACAUCCACCCUUGAAUUGCUGAAUUGAAAUUCUUGUUUUAUUUUUCUGUUUGUCUGGCAGCAGAUUUUUAGCUCUGCACACAGAUGACUGAACAUCCUGUUAUGGAACUGUGCAGUUUUAAAGUAGUCCAAGGGAUUUUUUGGUUUGGAUUUGUAGUUUUUUGCUUGCAAGAAUCAUAUACAGUAAACUAUCAUCAAGUUUCCUUUAAUGUGCCUUUAAAUGCUUCACUAUUCACUAUUUGUAUUUUCCAAGACUUUUUACUUUUCAAUUCUUUCCUGCAAAAGC